AUGCAUCUACUUAGCAAAACUGCUGUCCUCCUCCUGGCUCUGAGCGUCAGCGCCAGACCCAUCGAGGAGGCUCGCGCCGAGACAACAAAGGCGCCCGCCGGUUAUGGAGACUACAAGAACUAUGGCUCCUACGGCAAGUACGGCGACUACGGCCAUUACAAGCGCGACGAGCCGGCCACCACCACAUCCACAAGCACCGAAACAGAAACUCCUGUUCCGGGAUACAGCAAUUACGGUGAUUAUGGAAACUAUGGCAAAUAUGGGAACUAUGGUCACUACAAGCGUGACGAAGAGCCCACCACCACUACCACCACCGAGACCACGACUCCUUCUCCCAAUCCCGCGGGCUACGGAAACUACGGAGACUACGGCAACUACGGCAAGUAUGGGAACUAUGGAGAGUACAAUGUGAAGAGAGACGACGAGCCCACCACCACUACCACCACCACCACCGAGACCCCGACCCCCACUCCCGGCAGCUAUGGUGACUAUGGUGACUAUGGCAACUAUGGCAAUUACGGCACCUACGAGAACUAUUAG